AAUCCACUUUUUUUGAGUUUUAUUCUCUCAGAAUAUAACCAACCCAAAUCUUGGACCUGAAGCAGACUAUACUCUCCUUUUGUCCAAAUAAGUUUUCCUUUUUCUUGGCCAAGCAAAAACUGACCCUCUCUCAACUACAAGCUAGCUUUGCCAAAUUAAAAUAUAGAGAGGCUUUAUAUGAGGUCACAUGGAAAACCUGCAUUCUUGUGUAGUAAUCACUGAGACAUCAGCUAAUUUUAGCAUUUUUUGACAAAAUAUCAUUAUAUAGAUGACAGGCUAUGCAUUACUUUAUACAGUACCUGUACCUAUACUAUACAGUACAGGCACUGUCCUUUAUUUUGUCCAUUGUUAAACCAUAGUAGCUUAACAAUGGUGAAAAGCAUCCAGUUAUCUAACAUGGUAAGGUUGGCAAAUUUUUAAAUGAAAGAGAAUAAACAACACAUUGAAAGUUCAGUUAAAUGUAGAAUAUAAUAAAUUGUAAUAGAAAAAAUAUAAAUUUACAGAUUCUAGGUUCCCUCCUGUAAAAUGCUUCAAUUAUGUAUAAUACAAAGAUAACCAGAAUGGUCCAAUUUAGCUUCAAUCUGGCCAUUCUGCAAUUCUAAGUUAUUUACUUAGGAAGUAGACUGGCACUUCUAAAGAUCAAAGAUAGCACACUAUCAAGGAAGGCAACAAACUGCUGCUAAAUAUCCAGUACUGAAGGUAUUGCCAAGAUAAGCAGAUAACAUUGCAAACAGUUCGGAAAAAAUAUUUAAUACUAGAUUCACUCUGCUAUGUAUAGAGUAGCAAUCUGAAAAUACAUGUAAAGUACAUGCACAAUGGUUCAUAGAAAUUAACAGAAAUUAAUUAUAGAUUAUGAUUGCAGGGCCCAAAUCAAAGAAACCGAGACAUUCUGAAACAUUAAUUCAGGACUGAUCUAACAUAAGUUAAAACAUACAUUUAGUUAAACGUUAGGAAGAUAAUAGAAUUUUUAACUAUACAAUUAAUGUAAAAUUCAAUGAGCCAUUUUCUAGGUAUUUCAUAUUAUAUAAGAUUAUAAAUUUUCUGUUUCCUUGUUCAAUUUAGCCUUUACAGUAUCUUUUACAAAUUCAUCAAUUAUUACAGAGCCAACCUCCUAUUGGGUCAAGUUUUUUCCUCUCAAAAAUAGAAAGGUAAUAACUUUCUCAACUAUGAAAAACACCCAAUUUUGUACUUCAGUCAAAACACAAUCCAAAUAAAGAAAUUUAUACAAGGGUUAACAUUCUGAUAAACAGUCUAUUAAAUGUCCAACUCCAUCCUUAGAAGUUUUUAGAAUCAAUUUGAUUUACCCCUUACACUACUUAGAAAUGCAAUAACCUGGGAAAAACAUAUAUAUUGCAUUUACUAAUAUUUUAUUUUUUUAAUCCUUGGUUUCCUAAAAACCUAUUUUUUCACCAAAAGUUUAAUUCCUUUAGCUUACCUUGAGCAAAAAAGAUCGUUUUGUCAAAAUCAUCCAAUAUCAAUUUUAGCUUUGUUAUACAUUAAUCAUUCCAUAAGAUUUCAAAUUUUCAGAAUUAUAUCUCACAUAGUUUUUACUCACACAUUCGACUUCAUCGCAGAAAAAAAAUCACACAUAGCCCUGUUUUUAUUUUAAAAUAAUACAUGAACAAAAACUUGAGAAUUUUAGAAUGAAAUUAUUUCAUUCUAAGUUGCAUUUCAGCUUCAAAUGAAAAUUGUUCCACAAAUCAUACCCUCCCGCCCUGUAUCUCUCUAAAAAAAGUAUUUUUGAUACAUCACACUUCAUAAAAACGCGCUGUACUUUUCUCCCUUUUUCCUCUUCUUCCUCCUCCACCUUCUUUCUCUCUAUACUACCUCCAAGAUGGUAGGAAAGUUGUUGUUUUGGAGGGCAGAGAAGCCGCUCUCUGGUGUUAUGUCCUCUCAGUGCCUGUAGUGGUGCUGUAGGAGGCUGCUCAGCUCUCUUCUUGAGCAGCCCCAACAGCCCUGCCUUCUUUGCUGGAGAAUAUAUUCAGGGAUUCCCCUUAAUAAUCACCUACCCUCUGAGCACUUUGUAGUUUUAAAAUAAUAAAGAGCUCCCGUUCAAAGCUUUCGUCUUUUCUAAAAGCAGGAAUCUUUCUCCUCAGAGCCAGGGGGGCAGCAACAGCAGCAGCUCCUCAGCGCUGAAGCAGCUCCGAGCCCAUUCCCCGGUCCCUCUGCUGGGGAGGAAACUCUGGUCUGUCAGCCCAACAGAGGGAAAGGGGGGAGAGGAGAGAGGAGAGAAAAAAAAGCAGCUGGAAAGACAAUCUAUUUCAUCCUGACUCAUCAUCAUUCCAAGAUAGUGGCAUCUCUGAGGUUCUCUGCUAAUGUUAACAUGGUACAGAAGAUUUAAAAUUAGCUGAUGUUCACAAGAAAAAGAGUCACGUGAUGUAUGAAGGCAAACAUAUACACUUUUCUGAGGUUGACAAUAAGCCGUUGUGCUCCUACAGCCCCAAACUGUGUAAGCAGAGGCGAUUAAAUGGCUACGCCUUCUGUAUCAGGCAUGUCCUGGAGGAUAAGACUGCCCCUUUCAAGCAAUGUGAAUAUGUGGCGAAGUACAAUAGCCAACGCUGCACCAACCCCAUCCCUAAAUCUGAGGACCGUAGGUAUUGCAACAGUCAUUUACAAGUUCUUGGCUUUUUACCGAAAAAGGAGAGGAAGAAAAAGAAUGAUCCAAUAGAAGAGGUAAAAGUUCGACACCAGAUGGAUUCAAUAGCCUUCAGCCUGACAGUUCCUCCACUUGCUUUGAAGAUGCCCAAUGGCCUGGAUGGGAUGUCCCUCUCUCCACCAGGGGCCCGGCUUCCUCUCCACUACUUGGAAGCAGAAUUGGAAGACCCCUUUGCUUUCAAUGAGGAAGAUGAAGAGCUCAAGAAAGGGACAGCUGUGAAGAAAAAGUUGCAGAGCAAAUUAGCCCAAAACCGUCAACGCCAGAAAGAAACUGAGAUUCUGAAAGUUCGCCAAGAGCACUUUAACCCCGUUCCUGCACCUUUGCAGCAGCAGCCUUUGCAACCACAGCAACAUGCCCAUGUCUCACCUACACCAACGUCUUUAAAGCCAGCAGUGCUCCCACAGGGCUUAGUUUGCAAGUCACCUCAACCUCAGAAUACCAGCCUACCAAUGCAGGGAGUGGCACCCACCACACAUGCUAUAGCACAAGCCAGGCAGUCGGCCAACAAAAGACCUCUGCCUCUCUUGCACCCUACUAAAGUUCAUGCCCCAGACCCACCCAGGGCUGACAGGAUCCUAAUGAAAGCCACAGCCUUCUCCCCAUACUCAUUCUGUAGGAGCCGAUUACAGAGACUGGUGAAACUGUGCACUCAAAAACAUCAGCUAGAUGCUGAUCUCUUUCCACAUUUAGGGUUGGACUGGUCUGAAGAUAGUGGAGAAGAACUGGAAGAAUUAGAUCAAACCUCUCCAUACCAGGUUGCAUGGUCUAUCCGGGAAGCCCUCAGAUAUGAAAGGAAUGAGCCCAAUGAUGAUUAUGCCAGUGGCAGAAGAAUCCGCAUUUCCCAACUUUGCACUUACUUUCAGCAGAAAUACAAGCACCUCUGCCGCCUGGAGCGGGCAGAAUCUCAACAAAGGAAAUGCCAACAUACAUUCCGGAAAGCAUUGCUGCGGGCAGCAAAUAGAGAACCGGAAUAUGCUGGGCAACUGAUUCGAGAAUUCCGUAGAGCUUCAUGUCCUCAGAUCAGUUCAAGCCAAGUGAAGCAGAGGGAUGCAUCACCCUGCGGUGGAACCACAAAGGGUGAACCAUGCACUAACAAGGCUCUUCCAUUCACUAAACAUUGUUUUCAACAUAUCCUCUUGAAUCGAUCGCAGCAGCUUUUUUCAAGUUGUACAGCUAAGUUUGCUGAUGGACAGCAAUGCUCUGUGCCCGUUUUUGACAUUACACAUCAGACCCCCUUAUGUGAAGAACAUGCCAAAAAAAUGGAUAACUUCUUGAGAGGAGACAGCUGUCGUAAAGUUCAACACCAGCAGCAGAAGAAACCCAGGAAAAAAACAAAGCCCCCGGCGCUUACCAAAAAACACAAGAAAAAGAGAAGACGAGGGCCACGGCGCCCCCAAAAGCCAAUUCCUCCUGCUGUGCCCCAAGGAAACCUUAUUAUGCCCACCAGCAUCUCACUGCCAAUGGAGAUAGCUCAUAUACGGAGUCCCUCCACACCUGAGCUGAGUACAGAUGAACUGCCAGAUGACAUUGCCAAUGAAAUCACAGACAUUCCACAUGACCUGGAAUUGAAUCAGGAGGACUUCUCUGACGUCCUACCACGACUGCCUGAUGACUUACAAGAUUUUGAUUUCUUCGAAGGUAAAAAUGGAGACCUCCUCCCUACCACUGAAGAGGCAGAGGAACUGGAACGGGCCUUGCAGGCUGUAACUUCUCUUGAGUGCCUGAGUACUAUUGGUGUGCUCACACAAACAGACGGUGUACCAGUUCAGGAACUAUCAGACAGAGGAAUAGGGGUGUUUUCCCCAGGUGCUGAAACUUCAGGAAUUCAAUCUUUGAGCCGAGAAGUCAAUGCAGAUCUAGGUGAGCUGCUGAAUGGCCGCAUAGUACAUGAUGACAAUUUCUCUAGCCUGGAUCUUGAUGAGAACUUGCUCCGUUCUGCUACCUUAUCCAACCCAUCUACGCCCCUGGCAGGGCAGAUUCAGGGGCAAUUCUCUGCCCCAGCCAACGUUCGCCUUACUUCGGCUACUCUGAUAAGCCAGAGUGCGCUUGGGGAGAGAGCUUUCCCGGGACAGUUUCAAGGACUUCACGAUGGCAGCCAUGCCUCCCAGAGGCCACACCCUGCCCAGCUGCUAAGCAAGGCAGAUGACCUAAUCACCUCACGACAGCAAUACAGCAGUGACCAUUCACACUCCUCACCCCAUGGAAGCCAUUAUGACAGUGAGCAUGUGCCAUCACCUUACAGUGACCAUAUAAGGUCCCCCAGUUCCACCUCUUAUUCCAGCGAUAAUUUGGCAGCUACUUUCUCUACUGAGAUGCCCAUCAUAGCACAGCAUCUGCUCCCAUCACAACUCGAGGUGCCACUUAGUGGGGUGGUGAAUCCCAGAACUCACUGGGGGAGUCUCCCUGUAAACCUUGGUGAUCCUUCUCCAUUUAGUAACCUGCUUGGUGCAGAUGGACACCUCCUUUCCACUUCCCUGUCUACACCGCCUACUACAUCGCACUCAGAGACCACCCAGCCUGCCUUCGCCACCGUGACCCCCAACAGCUCCAGCGUGCUUCCGGGGUUACCACAGACCAGUUUCAGUGGCAUGGGUGCUGCAUCUUCUGAACUCAUGGCCUCCACUUCUCCUAAGCAGCAGCUCCCACAGUUCAGUGCAGCCUUUGGCCACCAACUAAGCUCCCACAGUGGCAUUCCCAAGGACCUGCAACCCAGCCACAGUUCCAUAGCUCCUCCAACUGGCUUUGCAGUAACAGGUGCCACAGCUACAAGUACCAAUAAUGCAUCAGCUCCCUUCACCACCUCCAGCUGAGUUUGUCUGCCUCUGAAUGACAGGCAGCUUGGGUACCUUAUAUAACCAUUGCAUCCACCACCACCUUUUCUCUUCCUGUUUUUUGUCACCCCCUUCUUUUUAAAGACUUUUUAAAUUUAAAACAAAAAAGAGGGGCAAAUGUCCUGAUUCAGUACAGACCAGGGUUUUCCUAUUAAGCUCUGCUCUAAUUAUCCUAUGUGCUGUUUUUGUAUUGGUGCUCAUUUAUUUUUGGCAGGUUGCUGUACUUAUCCAGUUAAUACUCAGUUAGGGAAUACAGCACAGAUGCUGGAUGUAAUUGAUUUUAGUCAAAGAAAGGUGAAGAUGUACGUAAUUGACCUUAGAAUAAGAAAUGAGAAGAUACCUCAAAUAAAACAAAUGCAAGCUCCUAAGGUUCAAAUUGGACUUUCAGUCCCAUUGGCAUCUGGGGAGGAGAAGGAAGUUGCUUUAUUUUUGAAGGUGUGGGUAUGAUGAAAGUCAGCCCUUUUAAUUUGAUAACUGGGCACUAUAGAAUUAAGCCGAAACCAUAAUCCAGUUAAUUCUGUCAUCUUAACCAGUGGGCUCUUUACCUCUUCUGUGAGUUUAAAGGUGUGUUUGUGUGCAUAAGUAUAUAGAUGGAUAAAUGGCAAUUCUUUUCUUUCUUGUCUUGAAGAAGCUCCUCAAACUAGUGACUGUUCCUACUAAGAUUGAAUACACACACACACACACACAUAUGAAUAUAU